AUGAGAAUUGGAUCCUGGAAUGUAAGAUGUCAGACUUACAGGCCAGGAGGAUUGAUGAAACUGACAAAUGAACUGAAGAAAGCCAAAGUCGACAUUGCUGCUAUUCAAGAGAGCGGUUACAAUCAAAAUGCACAAGCUUCCCGCUUCAAUGGCUAUACCACAUUUCAUAGCAGCAACAGUCGAGACCAUGUACUUGGUACUGCCUUCAUGGUAGCCACAAAAAAGGAACAUCUGGUACUGGACUUCCGAAAGGUCAACGAGCGCCUAUGCGUGUUACGUCUGAAAGGCCGUUUCAAAAACUACUCCGUGAUAAACGUACACGCACCUCAUAAUGAAUCGGUGGAGGGUGAUAAGGACGAUUAUUAUGAAGCGCUUGCAAGAGCCUACGAUGAAUUACCGGCACGCGAUAUUAAAAUCGUUAUAGGAGAUUUCAACGCCAAAGUAGGCAAAGAGGAAGUGUACAGACCAACAAUAGGAAGGUACAGUCUGCAUGAAAAUACGAAUGAGAACGGUCAGCGUAUGAUUUUCUUCGCUGCCGAAAGGAACCUGGUUGUGAAAAGUACUUUCCAUAAACAUAAAAGCAGACACCUGGCUACCUGGAAGUAUCCCAAUGACAAUUUGCCAGCAAAUCAGAUUGACCAUCUACUGAUUAGCGGGCGGCACCUCACCGACGUCAUUGACGUCAAAUCAUGUUGGAAAGCAAAUGUCGACUCUGAUCAUUAUCUGGUUGUGUCAACGUUGAGAGCACAUCUAGCCCGGUUUCAUAAUGGACGUAGUGAAACUGUGAGGCGUUUUGCGGUGGAGAAAUUAAAGGAUACACGGAUAGCGGAGACGUUUGCUGAUAACAUUAGUACAAAGCUUCAACAAUUACGACAAGCUCAGCCAGGCGACACUCCUCCCGAAUGGCUAUCGGUGAGUGAUGUGAUUAAGCAUCAGGAAGCAAUCGACACCUUAGGAUAUCAGAGGCCUAAUGAUUUUAAGACCUGGUUUGACGCAGAAUGUGCUGAUGUUACAGAUCGUAAAAAUGCUGCACGAAUUGAGAAGGAAUCGGCGAGAACUAGAGAACGGAAAACGGAAGCGGAUCAGCGCUACAAAGAUCUGAGGAGGGAGGAAAAGCGCUUGCACCGGUACAAGAAAAAGGAACUUGAAGAAAGGACGCUUCUUCAGUUGGAAAGAUUAUGUAGUGCAAACGAAUCACGGAAGUUCUACAAACGAAUAAACAACCAAAGAAGAGGCUUCAAUUCUCGAAUGACUAUCUGCAGAGCAGUCGACGGCACUUUGCUUACAGCAAAACAUGAUGUCCUGGAACGAUUCAAGGAACAUUUCAGUGCUCUGUUAAACGGGGAUGUUGAAGACGGCAAUGCUACCGAUGAUUCUUUUCUCAACGACGACGGUCGUAUCGUGUCAGCACCAACAUUGGAGGAAGUCUCAGCAGCAAUCUCCUCACUCAAAAACAACAAAGCUUCAGGUCCGGAUAAUAUACCAGCGGAACUGCUGAAAAUGGGUGGUGAGGAAUUGGCUAAGGUGAUUUAUGAAUUAGUCGAGCGAAUAUGGAACAACGAAUCGUUACCGGAUCAGUGGUUAGAGGGUGCCAUUUUACCUCUGCACAAGAAAGGUGACAGGAUGAUUUGCGAAAACUACCGUGGUAUUGCUUUGCUUAACACGGCGUACAAGCAAGCCUACGAUAGGACCAAGCGUAGGGAAUUGUAUGUUGCGAUGAAGGAGCUGGGCUUCGAAACAAAACUGAUUCGUCUUGUGAAAGCGACAUUGGAGGGCACCAGAUGUCGUGUCAAGGUGCAAAAUGACUUGUCUGACGUUUUUGCUGUAAGGGAAGGGCUGAAACAGGGCGACGCACUGUCUUGCCUGCUCUUCAAUUUGGCUUUGGAAAUCGCAAUGAGACGUGCUGGUAUCCAAACCAACAAAACACUGGUGAGUGGAUCAGUUCAAGUUCUGGGCUUUGCAGAUGACUUGGAUCUUGCCAGUCGUACACAUGCAGCAGCGGUAGACACUUUCACAAAUCUGAAAAUCCAAGCGGAGAGAAUGGGUUUGAUGAUCAACGAAUCGAAAACCAAGUAUAUGAAGGCCGAACCCAAUACGGUUGCCAAUCAACAAGGGGACGUGAUAAGCAUUGGAGAGUACAACCUCGAGUCGAAUCAUGGCGGCAAGCAGAUGCUAUUACGGUCUAAUCAAACAUUUACGCUCAAAGUUGAUAUCGAAGAAAACGAAGUGCCAAGUUUACAAAACGCUCAUUCGUCCAGUUCUGAUCUAUGGAUGCGAAUCUUGGACGGUGAAGAGAAGUGA